UUCAAUGGCUCGUAGACGUCGUCGUGGUUCGCGCUCCCGCCAUGGAUGUUUUCAUCCACACCGCGGCCUCUCGAUUCCCGCCGCCUCCAUCCAGCCGCUCGUCCCGCGCAACUCUCCGUCAAUGUGCCCUCUCCGUAAGGUCGCAGUUGAGCCUUCCUUUCGUAGAGAAGGAGUAAAGUACCAUAAGCAUCUCCAAACAGCUGUUGAUGUGGUCGAGCGCGCCUGCCAUCUCUGUGUUGACGUGCAAAAGUCAUUGUUUUCUAGUGAUGAAAAUAUCAUUGAGAAAAUCGAUCAGACACCAGUUACUGUUACUGAUUUUGGAGUUCAAGCUCUUAUUAGCCUCGAGAUGAGCAAACUAUUUCCUUCAAUUCCACUGGUAGCUGAGGAGGAUUCAGGGUUCGUGUGUGAAAAUAAUCUAGCAAGUGCGGUUUUUGCUGAGGUUACAGACAAGUCAUCUGUCAGUGAUAAAGAAUUGAGUGAAGAAGACAUUUUAAAGGCAAUUGAUAGAGGGGGGAAAGAUGCUUAUUUGUUUGGACCUGAGCCAACUACUUAUUGGAUAUUGGAUCCUAUUGAUGGGACAAGAGGAUUUGUCAAAGGUAGUGAGGCUCUCUAUGUGGUAGGUUUGGCUUUAGUAGUUGAAGGGGAGAUUGUUUUAGGUGUUAUGGGAUGCCCAAACUGGAAGGAUAGUGAUUCUGAUGUAUUGAACACUGAUGGAGCUGAGGAAAAUGUUUCCAGAUCUGGGAUUAUUAUGAUAUCUCAUGUUGGCUGUGGAACAUGGAGAACAAGACUAUGGGAAUCGCCGAAUAGCAAUGUCAAAAUGGCUCGUAACUGGAUUAGGUGUGUGGUUGAUGGGCUUCACGAGGCCGGUGAAGCGCGAUAUUGUAUUCCAGAGAGUCAAACAUGGGAGUCAUUACCCUUAUCUACUCAGUAUAGUGCAACUACUUGUGCUAACAAUGUUGGAGAGAAACAGAUUCUUCUUCUUCCUGCUUGCUGUGGAAGUCUCUGUAAGUAUCUGAUGGUGGCAUCUGGAAGGGCAUCUACUUUCAUAGCGCGUGCAAGGAGAAAAAGAACUAUAAAGGUCUGGGAUCAUGCUGUGGGAGUCAUAUGCAUUCAUGAAGCAGGAGGAAAGGGGGUGCGGUGAGUGGAAGAGUAAUUAUCCAUUCUUAAUUAAAAUUCAGAGUUUCGAUAUUUGAUUUUCGGCGUGGAGUAGCUUUAAAGUUUUUGGCUAAUUUUCUUAUUUUCGGAUGUGCCUAGAAAUCAAUAAAACAAAUUAGGGGUAUGAUUGAGUGGUAGAAAUUCAACCAUUCUUAAUGAAAUGUCAUAUGAUCAAUUGACUAUAGGUAAUUCGGGUUGUGAUAAAUUGAUGGAGAAAUCCAAGUCGUAGCAAAGUUGUGGAAGCAAUGGGAAAUUGAAAUUCCACUCUAGUAUAGUUAUUAAUGGUGUGAGGUGAUGGGGCCAUAGAGCUUAUGGUGAUAGUCCAUCAUUGAUAAUAUUCUUGAAAAUUGCAUGCUUUUAUUUUGGAAGGAAGCUCAUUGGAGUUUUAAAAGUCAAUAUAAGGCUUUAAAAACUCAUGCUUCAAUCUUCGUAGCAAUUAAAAUAAAGUCGUAAUUAUCGGGAAUUUAAAAGAAAAUUAAAAUGAAAAGAGAAAAGCUGUCUUUCAUAUCGAACACAAGGACAAUAUAUACCUAUUUAUUAAAAGAUACACACGUAAUUUUUACUAUUCCAUAUCAUUUCAAAUUCCGUAUUUCUCGUAUUAAUCACUUUAUGAUUCAAUUAAUUUCAUUUAUAAUAAUCUUAACCACUUCUUUCAUUAAAUGUUUCUAAUUGGAGCAAAAAAUUACUCUUUUAUAUAUACUCAUAGUUUAUAACUAAAAAUUUCCUUAAAAAGUUAAUUGUAGGAUUCAAAAUUUUAUAAAAGUAAAGAGAAGAAAAUAUGUAAAUCUGAAUAAUGAUAAAAAAUGCUUUUAUGAUAUUGUUUUUAACUUCCCCUAAUCAAACCACAAAUCUAUAAUUAUCUUGUGACAUGACUUUAAUUAGUACAAUAUUCAACACCUAGUAGAUCAUAGCUUUGAAAACAUGUAAAUAUCAUCAACGGACAUGAAUAAGAUGUUUAAUAAUGGAAAUAUAUAUGAAGUGCAAAUUGUCGUCCAAUCUUAAUUAAUAUGCUAGCUCUUGCAAAAAGUUUAGUUUGUAAAUUGGAAUCACGAGAGUUUCUUUUUGUUAAUAUGAUGAUGCUAAUACAUACUCCAACACACGUAUGCAUACUAUAAAUGCUCCUAAAUCACGGCAAAAGCCAAACUCAAUUAUUGUAGCCAUGAAAAUAAAUGCAAAGGUAUUUAUUAUUGAAGAUAACAUUUCCAACUAAAAAGAGAGGGCCACCUGGCAUUUCGACUCCAAAUUUAAAUAAAAAUAAUAAUACUACAAACUUUGAAGACACAGAAUGUCCCAUUCGGACAUCCACUAGGACUUCCCAAAAACACCUCCUGCCACGUCACUAGGACUUCCCAUCCCACUGCCACGUCACUAGGACAUUCCCUUCACAAUCCGCCCUUCCCACUAGGACUUCCCGCAA